UUUUUUUUUUUCUAUUAGAAAAGAAAAAAGGAAAAAGAAGGACAAGUCACGGAGGAGACAAAAUAGCACGCAAAGAAGAAGCUCCAACUUCAAGAAUCUGUCUUUUGAGUUUUUUUUUAGAAUCUCUUGAGGGUCAGAAUUCGCCAUGGCUGUCACAGCAUUCAACACAUUGAAACUUGCAUCGUCGUCUUUAGAUCCGAUUCCUUCAAUCUCUUAUUCAUCUUCUUCUUAUUCUUUCUCUUGUGUAUCUGUCGGAUCUCCUUUCAAGAGAUGUCUAAAACAGACUUGUUCUGUUCGAGCCAUGUCUUCUUCUUCUUCUUCUUCUUCGUCGUCGUCUUCGGCUGCUUCGUCUUCUUCUUCGUUUGGAUCGAGAAUGGAGGAGAACAUUAAGAAAACAGUGACUGAGAACACUGUUGUUGUUUACUCCAAAACUUGGUGCUCAUACUGUUCUGAAGUGAAGACAUUGUUCAAGAGACUUGGGGUUCAGCCACUGGUUAUUGAAUUGGAUCAACUUGGUCCACAAGGGCCACAACUGCAAAAGGUACUGGAAAGACUUACUGGGCAACACACUGUUCCUAAUGUUUUUGUUGGAGGCAAGCACGUUGGUGGUUGCACAGAUACAGUGAAGCUUUACAGGAAAGGAGAUCUGGAACUGAUGUUAGCUGAAGGUAAAAACGGUCAGACCUGAGGAGAUGAUGGAAAUUGGUUUGGAGAUUUUGCAUAUGGAGCUUUGGAAACUCAAAACAAUUUUAUCUCUUUGGCUAUCAUCAUUGAACCUCAUUUGUAUACAAUAAGUAAUUAACAUAACAUAUAUCAUGCAAUUGUUAAUCUCUCUUUGUUUUGCUAUCA